ACUGUCGACCAGUAAACAACUUUGCUCGAUACUUUGAUGGCCAAAUUAUUUUUUAAGUGCACCGCAUACAACAUAACCAUCAUUUUAAUGAAAAAAAGAAAAUAAUUUAAAUAGUGUUUACUUUGUGAUGGCGUGAAAGGCUUUACGAAAAUGUUGAAAUAUGCCCAAAUACGUGAUCUUUUCUUUGGUACUUUUAAUCGCUUCGGAAAUCGAUGGAGUUUGGAGUUUUUGGAAGUGGCAAAGUAUUGGCGACUUAUGGAAACGAAAGACUUUGCUUGAAGAUGGAGAAAAUAAAGGAUUUACAGGUCAUGUAUUGGUCACUUAUUUUGGCUUCCCGUCGCACUGCGAACUCCAAGGCAUUCCCCACUCUUGCACCCUAUCUCUGGCAUGUUGGUGGGGAGGCGGUUCCAGCCAAUCAGGUUGCGGAACAACUCCGUGGAUCGUAGCAUGCUGCGUCACUAAAAAAUCGUCCGGCUUUCAACGAAUUGUUAAGAAAUAUGAGGAACCGUUGGAAUUAAAUAAUAAUAAUUUAAUGAUUCAGCGUAGAAAUAAUUUAAUGGACAUUUUCACUCGCGAAGAAUGUGGCCUUUCUAAUGAUAGAAUAUUGCAAAAAAGAAUCGUGGGAGGGAGAGAAGCUGAUUUUGGUCAAUUUCCUUGGCAAGCUCACAUAAAAAUUUUGUCUUACCAAUGCGGAGGCGUCUUAGUUUCCAAAAGAUUUGUUUUAACCGCUGCACACUGUAUUCUACCAGCAAAGCUGUCAGAUCUCUUGGUUUUUUUGGGAGAAUUGGAUACACGGGAUACAGGAGAUGUUGAGGAAUUAUCUCCCGCAGAGCUACAUAGGGUAAGAAAACGUUUAAUACAUCCUAAGUACCAGUUUAAACUGAUCCAGCCAGAUCGUUACGACCUGGCUCUUUUGCAACUCGUCACAGAGGCUGGUCAUAAUUUCCAUAUUUCUCCUAUUUGUUUACCCAAUCCCGAAUUGAAAGUUACUGGCAGAGAUGGAGUGGUUGCUGGAUGGGGAAAGACUGAUCCCAUGAGUAAGCAAAGUGGUACCAAUGUAUUAAGAAGUGUCAAAGUUCCUAUUUUAGAUAUAAGUGAAUGUAUGGCCUGGCACAAAUUAAAGCAAAUUACCUUGGAACUUCAUCCGGAAAUGAUCUGCGCAGGUUACCAGGAGGGCAAACGCGAUGCCUGUCUUGGAGAUUCUGGAGGUCCACUGAUUGUAUUAGAAAAAGGUAGGUGGACGUUAGCAGGUAUCACCAGCGCUGGAUACGGAUGUGGUGAAGCUAACCAACCUGGUAUCUACCAAAAUAUACCAACCAGCGUUGAUUGGAUCACUAAAGUGAUAAAUACUCGUAUUAGUGAAUAAAAUGUGAUUUAUUUAGGUUAUCAACUAUAUCUUUUUAAAAUGUUUUUACGUAACAAUUUUUAUUAACUAUAAAUGAAAGAAAGGAUAAAAAAAGUUGUUUAUUUUUUUAUGGGAUUCCAGAGAAUAUACAGGAUGAUUGAUAA